AUGAACAGGGCUCUUGGAGAGAACCCAGGAGCUCUGCCACCUGCAGCUACAACUUCUAGUGGUACUAGUGCUGUACUAGGUCUACUAGGAACCACGGGAGGAGGACUCCUUCUGGGUGGUACUGGUUCUACGGACGACAUGACUCCGUCAGUUCGUGGGCUGACACCUGGUGCUGGGACAAAACCAAUCAAUACUGGAUCAACAGACAAGGACCUAAUAGCGCCGACAUCUUCUUCUAUAGCAAUACGAGACGGAGAACAAGAAGCAGGAAAGAGAACUUCACCUGUACUGAAAGCGAUAGAAGAACAUGAAGUCCUGACUUUGCCUGCCUCUGCUCUAGCAGACGACUUCAGAAAAGAAGCCCCUGCUCCUCUAGUAUCUUCAUCAACUACAACAGGAGAAUCUUUGCCAGGACUGACAGCAUUGGCCAGUCUGGUUGACGCACCUCCAGACUCCAUUGUCCUUCUCGAUUCCGGAACUGGAGCGUCAGCGACAAUGAUCUCAACAACGUCCUCUGGUACAACUAAAAAUUGCCUAGCAGACCAGUCAAUACCUAAUGGAGGAACAACAAUAUCAACGGUAGCUCCUCAGGCUUUGCUCCUCUCGGAAGGAAGUAGUCCGGUUGUCCUGGGAGCGUCGAAUGCCAGAGCAGUUUGUGGGUUGCUAGAUCCAGAGGAGUCGAGUGCAGUUGUAAUCCCAACUUUGCCUUCCUCUUCACAUGCUAGCUCUAGCACCUCUGGUGGAGCAGGGGGUGGACUUGGAGGCUCAAAUUCAUCAUCCUCUUCGUCGAUUCUACCACUCAACAACACCACCA